AUGUUUAUGACGAGGACAGCAGCACCAAGACGGCUGUCAAGCGGUGGUACUGCGGGUGUGCAUGAAGACUUUUCUUUUCGAUAGAGGCGAUAAAGUCUGCGCAGUGUUGAGCAGCCAUGUCUCCAUCAAUACCACUCCAGGAGAUGAUCCGGGCCAUCAGGUCGGCCAGGACCCAGUGUGAGGAGCGGGGUGUCAUCCAGAGGGAGUGCGCCGCCAUCCGGGCUCAAUUCCGACAAUCUGACAGCGAGAGUCGAUCUCACAACCUGGCCAAGCUUCUCUACGUGCACAUGCUUGGCUACCCCGCGCAUUUUGGUCAGAUGGAGUGUGUGCGGAUGAUAGCCAGCCCUCGCUACAGUGAAAAGCGUGUGGGAUACUUGGGAGCCAUGAUGCUGCUGGAUGAGAAGCAGGAUGCCAGCCUGCUCAUCACAAACUCCAUCAAGAACGACCUGUCUCACAAUAGUCAGUACGUGCAGUCUCUGGCUCUGUGCACCCUCGCCUGUAUCGGGUCAGCCGAGAUGUGCAGAGAUCUGGCACCGGAGAUCGACAGGCUGCUCCGAGCCUCCAACUCCUACAUUAAGAAGAAGGCUGCACUGUGUGCCAUACACAUUGUGAGAAAAGUACCAGAGCUUGGGGAGCUUUUUGCCCCGACAGCUCGCUGCCUCCUUGUGGAAAAGCACCACGGUGUGCUCCAUGGCGCCGUUGUGCUUAUCACCGAGCUGUGCGAGUGCAAUCCGGAGACGUUGGAGCGUUUCAGAAAGGCAGUGCCAGAUCUCGUUCGGAUCAUGAAGGGCUUGGUCACCUCCGGUUAUUCUCCAGAGCACGACGUGGCUGGGAUCAGUGAUCCCUUCCUGCAGGUGCGCAUCCAGAGACUGCUGAGAAUCCUCGGUCGCAACAGCGAGGCGGCUAGCGACGCCAUGAAUGAUCUUCUGGCUCAGGUCGCCACCAACACGGAUAGCACUAAGAGUGUGGGCAACGCUGUGCUGUAUGAGACCGUUCUCACUGUGCUGGACAUCAAGUCAGAGAGUGGCCUCAGGGUGCUGGCUGUGAACAUCUUGGGGCGCUUCCUCCUGAACAACGACAGAAACAUUAGAUAUAUCGCCAUGACUUCACUGCAGAAGAUUGUCGGGACGGACAACAUAGCAGUGCAGCGUCACAGAGGAACCAUCGUGGACUGCUUGAAGGACGCAGACGCUUCUGUCAAACGCCGCGCGCUGGACCUCUCCUUAGCGCUGGUGUCCGCCAGCAACAUCCGCUCCAUGAUGAAGGAGUUACUCGUCUUCCUCUCCUCCUGCCCUCCUGAACUCCGAGCUGAAGCAGCCAGCGGAAUAUUCCACGCUGCAGAGAAGUAUGCACCCUCCCAGCGUUGGCACAUUGACACCAUCCUGCAUGUCCUCACCACGGCCGGCGGUGACGUGCGAGACGAAACUGUCCCCAACCUGAUCCUGCUCAUCACCAGCGCUGCCGAGCUUCACUGUUACACCGUUCACAAGCUUUAUCGGGCGCUCUUCACCGACAUCUCUCAGCAACCUCUGGUCCAGGUGGCAUGCUGGUGCAUUGGAGAGUACGGGGACCUGCUGCUCAAAGGAGAGUGUCAGGAGAUGGAGCCUGUUGAGCUGACUGAGGACAGCGUGCUGGAUGCCUUGGAAACGGUCCUACAGUCCCACAUGUCCUCCCCGGUGACGAGAGGCUUUGCUCUCACCGCCACCAUGAAACUGAGCACCCGCAUCACGGAGAAUGUGGACCGAAUCAGAAGCAUUGUGAGUAUUUACGGCAGCUGCAUAGACGUGGAGCUCCAGCAAAGGGCAGUGGAGUACAACGCUCUCUUCCAGAAAUACGACCACAUGAGGGCAGCAGUGCUGGAGAGGAUGCCCGUGUUUGAGAAGAACUCCCCGGGUCAUACCAACGGAGAGUCCACGGGGGACGACGCCGUCAAAGUGAUGGACAAGGUGAAGCAGAGAGAGAUCUCACUGCCACAGCAACAACAACCUGUUAACCAGGUAUGUAAUCUCUUGGACUUGCUGGGCGACUCGGAGGAGCCUGUUCAUCCAGGUCCAGCUCAGGGCGGUGCAGCAACCGGCCUGACCAACAACCCUGCAAGACCUGCUGGAGAGGACCUGCUGGAUCUGUUGGGCGGCUUUGAGCCAACCCCACCGACUCCAGCCCCCGCAGCGAGCGUCUACGAGAAGAACGGCGUAACGUUGACGCUGGCGUGUGACAAGCACUCCGACUCGGGCCUGACGGUCACCCUCGCGGCCUCCAACUCCUCCGACUCGGACGUGACGAGCUUCACUCUCCAGGCCGCCGUUCCUAAGAGCGUCCACUUACACAUGAAGGCCCCCAGUGGAGACACGCUGCCCGCGCGAGGCGCCGCUCAGGUGACCCAGUCGGUCCUGCUCAAUAAUCCCAACAAGGUCACCCUGAAGAUGAGGAUACGAAUAUCUUACUCGAGCCAAGGGUCUGCCGUUCAGGACACGGUUCAGGUUGAUUCCUUUCCUGGAGUCGAUGUGUGAGCAUCACACCGAAACACUACACUUCCUGAAAUUCCAGUUUGUUUGUUUUUAUAGAAAACACAACCUCCGUCAGUCUACUUUGGAAUACUACAAAACAACCAAGUAUUGCUGCGCGUUUCCAGUGGCAACUGUGUAUAAAACGUCAAAUUGUGUGUAACAUUCAGGGUUUUUAUUGGGUCUUUUCUUUCUUCUUGAAGCCAUUACUGUUUUAAAUAGUGAAACACAUCGGAGUAGCACCCCUCCUGUGCCUUUCACCCUAUUUGUGUGCCGAGGUUUUUAAUCGUUGAAUAAAGUCGCAAGCAGCGUUUCAAUUCCUCUACAAAGGACGCUCCAGCUGCCCAUUUUGCAGGCGACAUUGCCAUGUACAUAGAUUCAGGUGGUCACACAUACUGUUUUAUUUCUCUACAAUGAAUUUGAAGCUGCUGAGUGCUGAAAGUUUGAUGGGCUCUCAUGUCAUUUUGCAAUAAAGACGAGUGAGUGUGA